CCAGUUGGCUAGUGGCUAGCUUCGUUUUCUCCGUUUUGCUCGCGCUUCUUCGGGUUGCUGUUUACCACUCCUACUUCUGUAUUUGGUAAUCCACAACGAUGUCUGACUACGACUUGGUGACAAAAGCUCCACUAAAGCUCAAGAGUCCUUCUGGGAUUAAAAAAAAAAAGAAAAAGGACAAGGAUCUCAAGAAGGCUUUGGAGCACGUAAACGUGGCUUCAUCAGAGGGGCAACAGAAGCAACCGGUUGUCAAAGAAAUACACAGGACCAACGCAGAGAAGGCGUUCUUGAAGAUGCAGGAGAAACGGCAAAUUGAAAGGAUCAUGGAAAAGGCAUCAAAGACGCACAAGCAAAGGGUGGAGGAAUUCAACCGGCACUUGGAUUCACUGACAGAGCAUUACGAUAUUCCCAAAGUGAGCUGGACAAAAUAAGCAUCAUUCACACACUUCUCGACAGGAAAUUUGCUUUCAAGGACAUUCAUCAAAUUGUGCUUCGGUGAACUGCGCUCAUCUCAAGACAACACCAUGUGGCGACUAGAACAUGCAUUGUGUUCUGUCAGAUUGUACAGGUUGAUGUGUUAUGGUUGUAGUACACAUCUGUGUGUACAUAAUCGUGUCAGUCAUUGUGGAACUGUAUAACUGCUCAGCUGUAUAGUAUUGGUGAAGAAAAAAAGUGGACUCUCUUGAUCACUAACAAUGUGCUUUGUGCUGAUGCAUAUAUUACUGCAUUUUCAGUGUAACAAGAAGUGGCCCUUUGCGACUUGAGAAAUAUAAAUAUUACUGUUGUGAAA